CACCAUCAAUUACAAUCUCAACCACCAUCACUGCCUACACAACCAACACUGACCACCAUUAAUCUUCACCACCAACCCCAUUACUCAUUCAUCCUACACCAUAAAUCCCUUUACUUCCUAUAUUAGUCCCCUAUGCACCAAAGGCAUCCUACACCAUUACAUUACUUCCCUUCUUCCCUUGUUGCAGGAAAUAACCAAAAGAAAUGGAACAAGAUCCACCAUCAACCUUCAUCCGCCCUUGCAAACACCAAGACAACCUUGCCUCCAGCUCUCGUCCUCUCAUUCCCGGCCCAGCUGGCGCCGUCCAGGCCGCCAUGAUUCACCGCAGAUCCACCGACGACAAACCAAACAUUUCAACCCAACAAUUAGUUAGGCAAGUCCUCCAAGACGGCCACGACACCGAUCCCGAUUUCCAAUCUAAUGCUUGGCUUUCAGCCCUGCAAUUAAACGGAUCUGCCACUCCUCUGGGCGCAAUCACUCACCAUCAUGAAAGAGUAGAUCACGUCAUCGGUGUUAUCAAAUCCUGCAAUCCCAAUGGGUUUGGAGAUGCAACAGUUACACUCAAGGACCCUACGGGCACUGUUGGCGCUAGUAUCCAUCACAAGGUCUUCACUGAAAGCGUAUUUGCGAAAGACAUAACUGUUGGAUCUGUUCUGCUUCUCCAAAAGGUCGCUGUGUUCUCUCCUAGAAAGUCUAAUUGUUAUCUGAAUAUAACCUUGUCCAAUGUAGUCAAGGUAUGAUAAUCUUCUUCCACAUCUAAAAUAAAGCAUUUGAAUCUUUUCCACAUCUACAACAAAGCAUUUGAA